UUUUAUUACAUAUAUCUAAUGUUCAAUUAUCUUUAACAUCAGAUUAAAUAACACAACUAAGUAAGUAUUCCUGAUGAGUGACUUUAGAUAGUUAUAAAAAUACUGAAUUAACUUUUACUUGUCAAUCAUUAAUAACCGUGUAUGUCAAACUACAAUGUACAAUUAAUAUAUCUUUACUAACCCUUCUAAUUAAGGUCUCAACAGUCAGUUUUUUUAUGUGACAAAAGAGAAUUUUAAACAUCUUAAAUAUUCCUUUGAUGGUUUCAAGCCAGUAAUUAGCCAAUGUAAAUAGAAUGUUGUUCUAACUUCUCCGUGAGUUAACUCGCUACUGUUCGACCAAAACAUUUGGCUAAGACGAAGGUUUUAUUGGACGAAAACUAUUUUGCUAAAAAUCUCCUAAAAUGGCCGAGUUACACGAGUUUGAAAAUUCAUUAAAAUUAACUAAAAUAUCAUUUUUCCUAUCAGGUAUUAAUCUGUCAAUAAAAAGGUCUAUUCCCUUAAAUUUUCUCUUUAUUUUUAAUUUCCUAUGGCUAUUUAUCGAUGUAUUUGGUGAAUUUUAUUGGGUGAUCGAAGGAGUAAGAGCUGGUAAGAGCUUUGAAGAGCUGUCAGUGAUUGUGCCGUGCACUGUCAUUUGUUUUUUGGCCACCUUUAGAUGUGUUCCAUUGUAUCUUAAUAACAAGCUUCUAGCUAAUAUUUUUGACAAACUACGAGAGAUUCAUCCAACAUCAGAGUUUAAAGAAAAUGAGAUUGAGAAAGAAGAGAAAGAAAUAACAGCACGUGCUGUUAAGCUGUUUUAUAAUCUUAUUAUUUUUAUGGUGAUAGCCAAUUCAUCUGUUGUUAUUGCUUUUUGUUUGCUACCUCUGUUAUUGAUGGCCAUAGAUUAUCAGAAAACAGGAGAAAUAGAACUGAAACUACCGUUUUUGGUCAAGUACUUCUUUGAUCCAUUUACAAUGACGAAAUGGCCGUUUGUAUAUUUGCAUCAUAUUUGGUCCAGUGAGUAAUUUUUAAACUAAUUAAAUACUAAUAAUUUUUGACUCAAGAUGGUAUGGUUAUAAUCGUAAAAUAUUUUCCUUUUAUAGCCUUUUUAGUUUUGAAAAGAUCCUUUAAAGAAAAUUAUACUU